CUAUCUUGCUGCUCGCUUGCUGGCGUCGCUCUAUGGACAUUUGGAUAUUUUCCCGUAGCAUUAUAUUAUUCUCAAUGGUGAAUGACUUCAGACAUGGAAGCUGGGUCUUCCGAGCAGCCUAUGGUUAUUCAUGAAGACAGCAACUUGUCUAUGGAAUCAGUCGAGUCAGUAGAGCAGGUGGCGCCUUCAGUCCCUCCAGCACCUUUGCCUGAAGAAUCAAACAUAGCGGAAAAUGCGGAAAAUACGCAAUCUUCAGCGAUGGCUAGUGUACUGUCUACACCAAGAUCUUCAGUUAGGGUAAUUACAGCCGAUGUUACACAUAGACAGAUCGAAGUGAAAGACCUCAUCGAGUACGAGUGGCCAUUGAAGUCUGGAGAUAAGUACUUUCUGCAGGAACAGGUCGGUGAUCUUCUGGAUAUCAAAUCUUUUUCGCGGAAGUUUCCGGAUAUGAGCCGUAGGAAAGUGGAAAAGGUUGAAAGGGACUGGUUGUGCGCCACAUAUAACAUCCACCAGAUAAUGAAUGAAACACAACUGAGAGAUCUCUGUGCUAUGCGUUCUGUUGAAAUUCGCGAUUUGAUGGCCAGCGAGUAUCCCACGAUUUAUCAGGAGUUUCAAAAAGUGACUGCUGAAAGGCUCAAAGCGGUCAUGGCUGAACAAGCCAAGGAAAUGGAGGCGAUAAAAAAUGAUGUGAAGAAGUUGGCCGAAUUGAGGGAAAAAGCUAUUAAAAGCGCCGCAGAUUUCAACAGAGAGUUGCAGACAGUGAAAAAAUAUGAACGACAACACUAUUGGGACGUCCAAACCUCGAUUAUUCAGUCAAGUGCCAACAAAUGGAAGAAGUUGCCAGCAAAAUACACAAAGCCUGAUCCGUAUCCCGUGGCUCUAAUCCAUGGGCAAUAUCAAAACUACUACAGGAAAUUUACUGCUUCGGAAUUGCGUCGUUUACCUUUGGGAAGCGUGCUUGAUGGUGAACAUCUCUUCCCAGUACACCGCGAUCCUUCACCUCCACCAAUCAAUGUAUCUGAGAAGGACAUGCAAAGGUUUGAGAAGCUUUUAGCUGCUCAGGGAACUCCUAUAGCAGCUCCUUCUUCUGGCCAGAUCAAAAUGGAAAUGACUACUCCACGUGCGGAGCCCGCUCGAAAAUCUAGUGGAUCGUCAGUGCGUAAUAACCAUCGAGUCAGUGCCAAAUCUAUCUUGACACCGCAAAAAUGCAGUUCCUGUGAUGAAGUUCAGAAGCCAGGCGAAGUUUUUAUACGAUGUGUUGCCUGUCCAAUGCAAGCACAUGCUUCCUGUCUGGAAAUGAACGACGAAAUGGUUGCUUGUGUAUUAACAUAUCCAUGGCAGUGCAUAGAAUGCAAACGAUGCUCGGUGUGCUCACUUGGAGACCAAGAGGAGUCCAUGAUUUUCUGCGAUAGAUGCGAUCGAGGCUUCCACACUCAUUGCAUUGGUCUCGCCGAAGCACCACAGGGCUCUUGGAUAUGUCAACAGUAUUGUAGCCGUCAGACUGAUGGUUUUUCGGCAACGCCCAGGAGAACCAUGUCUAGGAAAAAACCUGCGGUUGCGACAUAACUUAGCCAGCUCAUUUUUCAAUCCAUGCUGUGUCUUGUGGAAUGUGAUCGCAACAGUCUCAGAUUGGUCUCGCCAUAGUCAACCGCUUUAUCACAAUUUUUUAGACCUGGAACAUGCAUAAUAAGCUUUAUCUGAGAUGCCAUAUCGAUUGUGAAGUAUAUGCCAGUAAAAUAUGGUCUUGUUGAUGUUAUCGUGUAAAUCUGUAAAAUGAAGAUGCUGUGUAAUU